ACAGAAGACGAGUUCAAAGCCAUUAUCAAGGAUUAUCUACAAAACCUUAGCCCCAAAAAAAGAGACAAAGCACUUGUCGAUCAGCAACGUUACGUUCUAAUUCAGCAAGUUCUCAGGGAUCCCAGGAACACGGCUAUUUCCACUGCACAGUUCAGAUUUUGGGUGAAAAAGAUGUUUCAACUGCAAAACGGAUCCAUGGAUAUUGUGUGUCAUGAUAACAAGCCCGUAGCUAUAAAGGAAGAAAUUUAUUUUGUCCUCGUGAAGGCUCACAGGGAUGCACAUCAUGGUGGCAGAGACAAAACCUCCGCAUUGGUGCGAAGACAGUAUUCUUGGAUUCCAAAAGAACUCGUUGCUAGGUUUGUGCGUAAUUGCCCAUUUUGUAUUACCCGGCGAAAUGGA